GCUGUGCAGUGCGGGAGGAGCGGAGCGGAGCGCAGUGUUCCCGAGCCGGAUUAUUAUCACGCAAACAGACUCAAUCCCAACAGGAAGCGAGGCUGGGAUUAUUCCUUAUUCCUGUGUGCAGAGCGGAGCAGAGCAGAGCAGAGCAGAGUGUUUAUAGGGAACAGACCCGAGUUUCUGCCCGGUGGCGGAGUGCAGUGCGGCUCGGAGUGGCAGCGACUGCUGAUUAACGCGCGCGCGGACACACACACACACACACACACACAGAGCCCGGACACACACACACACACACACACACACAGAGCCCGGACACACACACACACACAGAGCCCGGACACACACACACACACACAGAGCCCGGACACACACACACAGAGCCCGGACACACACACACACAGAGCCCGGACACACACACACACACACACAGAGCCCGGACACACACACACACAGAGCCCGGACACACACACACACAGAGCCCGGACACACACACACAGAGCCCGGACACACACACACACAGAGCCCGGACACACACACACACACAGAGCCCGGACACACACACACACACACACACACACACACACACAGAGCCCGGACACACACACACAGAGCCCGGACACACACACACACACACAGAGCCCGGACACACACACACACACAGAGCCCGGACACACACACACACAGAGCCCGGACACACACACACACACAGAGCCCGGACACACACACACAGAGCCCGGACACACACACACACACACACAGAGCCCGGACACACACACACAGAGCCCGGACACACACACACAGAGCCCGGACACACACACACACACACACACACAGAGCCCGGACACACACACACAGAGCCCGGACACACACACACACACACACACACAGAGCCCGGACACACACACACAGAGCCCGGACACACACACACACACACACAGAGCCCGGACACACACAGAGCCCGGACACACACACACACACACACACACACACAGAGCCCGGACACACACAGAGCCCGGACGCACACACACACAGAGCCUGGACACACACACACACACAGAGCCCGGACACACACACACAGAGCCCGGACACACACAGAGCCCGGACGCACACACACACACACACACACACAGCCCGGACACACACAGAGCCUGGACACACACACACACACACACACACACACAGAGCCUGGACACACAGAGCCCGGACACACACACACACACACACACAGAGCCCGGACACACACAGAGCCCUGAGCCACUCCGUGAUUCCUGCGAGUCUGAAAGCAGAAGUGAGAGAUGAAGGGAGUCGCUGCAGUUCUCACUCUGUACCUCCACAUCACAGCCCUCCAGGUGGAGGCAGGUGAUGUGUGCGCUAGCGGGAAGUUUACAUCCUCAGGUGAGUGCUGUAGUCUGUGUCCUGCGGGCACAGGAGUGGCGUCCGAUUGUGAACAAGAAGACACCAAAUGCCAGCCGUGCCAAGAGGGUGUGACGUUCUCAGACUCUGAGGGACUGUCAGGGUGCCAGCCUUGUUCGCAAUGCCCUCUCGGUAUCCCUCAGCUGGCACGCUGCACCAUUACCCAAGACGCCCACUGUGACUGCGGCAAGGGCUUCUACCUGUGGAAGCAGACGAACGAAACCAACACUUUCUGUGCCUCAUGUACCAGCUGUAACCAAGGAGAGGGCGUAGUGCGGGCAUGUGGCCCUGCAGGAGACACUGUGUGCCAGCCUUGUGGUCCGGGCACUUUCUCAGAGGAUAAAAGCUACAGCCAGGCCUGCAUGCCAUGCUCCUGGUGCGCAGAGGACAAGGUGGAGAUCCGGCCUUGCCAGGCCAAGUCAAACACACUCUGCAUGGAUCAAGACCUGCACAUCUUUUCGAGGAAUGGUUCUCAGGGGCCGUGGGCGUUCCCACGUCGACCUAUCCCAUCUGACGAGGACGGUGAGAAGAAUAGAGUGGCGACAGGAUCUGAAGCCCCAGACCUUGGCUCUCAGGACCAUCAGGGAGGCAACAACAUCCUGAUCUAUGUGUCUGUGCUGGCGGCUGUGGUGCUGGGACUCCUGGUUUACGUAGGGUACAAGUGCUGGAAAUCAUUCCAGCAGAAGGCGGCUCUGGGGAAAGCCCGGGCUGCAGAGCUGAACUAUGUGGUCGAAGGCGAGAAACUACACAGCGACAGCGGCGUGUUCCUCGACUCUCACAGCCUGCAGGAGAACCAGCUGAGCAAAGCAGGCAGCAAGCAGGACAGCAAGCAGGACUCGCGCUACAUUAACCUGCCUCCUCACAGGCAGGAGGAGGUGGAGAAGCUCCUGGGUGAGGGCGGAAGUGGGAGCUGGAGGCAACUAGCCACUGUGUUGGGUUACGAGCAGGAGCGAGUGGAUAUGUUUGGCCGUGGCGAGGAUCCCAUCCACACACUGCUCACUGACUGGGCGCAACAGGACACCUCAACCCUCGAGCUGCUGUCCACUGCACUGAGCAACAUCGAGCGCCACGAUGUAGCCAAAGCACUCAGUUCCCCCAAUCAAGGUAUUACCAUGGUCUGAAUUCAGUUCAUUUCAGCAGCCUGAAUGAUAGACAAUAAUGGACAUUAAUGAUGAAAGGAGCACAGCGCUCAUUUCUGCAUGAGCAGGAAAGACUUUACACUCCAAACGUGAGGAAAAGAACUAUAUCCUGCUUGUUUUCUAUCAAUAUAAGUGUCUUUUUGCAGCGCUUUCCACGAAGAAUGGAUGCUCUGCUCGUCUACCGUUCAAGACUAUUUCAGUAUUUAUGUGAAGAGGACAAACUUCCUUUUCAGAGCGUUGACAAGCCAGACCAAAAUAUAAUACCAGCUUUGUAAUAAGAAAAAACCUAGCCCUUUGUUCUUCAUACCGCAUUAUAGUAAACGUUGUCAUUGUGAGUGGUUCAGAUGGCUUUGGUUACUGCCUGCCUCUUGCAGGAGGAGGAGCAUUUUCUUUCGGAGGACUUAUUCCUUUCAAAAAUGCUUUGUCUUACCAACACAAACACAAACUCAUUGAACCUGAGCACAAUGUGUUACUUGGUUUUCAUCAAACAGAAAAGAAACUACACACAUGCUGUAAAUGAAAAAGGUUAUGGGUUAGAGCGUAUGGGCGUUAUGAAAAAGAUUGGGCCUGUUUUAUGGACAAACUACAUGUUGUAUGUUAACAAAUACCUAAUCAGCAACUAAUCAUAAAGCACCGUUUCCUUGUGUGUGUAAACAAUUGUUCCAGUUAUACAACUAGAAAUAUAUCAUUGAAAGAGAGGAGCACCAUGUGACGGUUUUGUUUGUUCCUGUCAAUCAUUAAAACUUUUGUGUCUUCUUUGUCUUUUAAUAAAAAUAACUUGUG